UUGCUUCAUGUUUUAGUAGUAGACGUAGGCAAGUUGGUGUUGGAGUGCACAGAUUGAUUCUUGAAAAGGAAGUUAGUUUUAUUAAUACAGCUUGAUUGUGGAAAGCUAAUACUAAUAGCGGCGUUAACUGAACUAGAAGGUGACUUGAUAACAAGAUAUAAAAGGCUUGGUUGGUGAUAUCAUCACAUUCAUUGUGCAAUGUGUCGGGUGUCGUUGAUAAACACUUCUGACGUUAGAAGUAGGCCUAACAAUAGUAUUAAUAUAAGUGAUGCUAUUGUUACCUACCCAAAUAAUGCUUCUUCUAUUACUAGUUCUAAUUGUAACAAGGACAAAAUUCAGCAAGAUGAGGGAGAAUCUCAGCCUAAACUUGAAGUAUUAGUAACACUAACAGUGUCAGAAUGUUGUGGAGAACUAGGCUAUUUUGUUCCAAAGAUUCUUACUGCUUCAAUGUACGAGAAUCUAGAUGGGUGCAACAAAGAACUAAAAAUGAACCAAAAACAGAUCAUGCUGAAGAACAUGAAGGAAGGGAGUUACAGGUUUUGUUGUCCCGAGUGGGACAAUAUAACGGAGUGUUCAAAAGAUCUUAUACGAAAGAUGCUGAUUGUAGCUCCACAAAAGAUGUUAACACCAUCAGAAUAUCCAAGACAUGAAUUAAUCAAGAAUGCUGUAAGUCUAACUAGAUUUUGUUGUACCUUGCUUUUAAAAAACAUAUAAUGUUUUAGUAUAACA